AUGAGGACCUCUAUUCUUGCCUUCGGCGCUCUCGCCGGGCUCGCCUCCGCCAACAUCAACUUCAGCUGGGUCAACCCCACCUGCGAUGUCAACGCCCCCAGCCACUGUCUGACCGGACAGCACUGCGGCGAGGACAACCAGUGUGUCGCUGACAUUAAGAGCGACCACUCCAAGAUCUCUUCUUCCCACCUUCGCAUUGUCCCGGAGAAGAGGCAGACCAAGUACUCGCAGGACGGCCAGUGCGGCCCUGCCCACAACAACUUGCUUUGCGACCCCAACAGCGCUGUCUACAGCGGUUCCUGCUGCAGUUCUUACGGAUGGUGCGGCAACACUGAGGGUCACUGCGGCACCGGCUGCUUGUCUGGCUGCGGCAACACUCCCCCUGGGCCUGUCGCCACCACAGCCGCUACCGUCCCUGCCAGGGAUGACGGCCGCUGUGGUAAAGACUUUGCCGGCGCCGUCUGCGAUCCUAACGGCGCCUACGGAGGUUGCUGUAGUUCUUAUGGCUAUUGCGGAUCUACUGACGGUCACUGCCUUGUUGCUGAUGGCUGCCAGAACGGCUGCAAGGAUGCUACCCCUGCUCAGCCCGCUGCCACCACCGCCGACGUUUCUCGUCCUCCUUCUACCACGACUUCCGGCGAGCCUGUUCUCGGAAAGCCCACUAACGUUGACGAGACCCCCGCCACACCCACUGGCGUCCAGACCACCGAUGGAAGCUGCGGUGCCACCUUCGGCGACGCCAUCUGCGGCACAUGGGCUCAGGGAUCUUGCUGCUCGAUGUACGGGUACUGUGGUAACACCACUGCUCACUGUGGUGAGGGUUGCCAGUCUGGUCCUUGUGUCAACGCGCCCGCUGUUGCUGCUCCCAAGGCCAGCCCUGCUCCCCUUGCCGCUAAGCCUGGUACUAUUCAGAUUAAGGGCCGCUCCGGUGUCCCUGCCAUGCACGCUGGUCUGAUGCAGAACGGAAAGGUCGUCUUCCUCGACAAAGUCGAGAACUACACCGAGCUUAAGCUUCCCAACGGCCAGUACGCAUACUCCUCCGAGUAUGACCCGAACACCCAGAAGCUCACCCCUCUGGCUUACAAGACCAACGCCUUCUGCUCCGGUGGCAUCUUCCUUGCUGAUGGACGCUUCGCUUCCCUCGGCGGUAACGCGCCUCUCGACUUCAUUGACCCCACAGUCACCGACGGUUUCAAGGGCAUCCGUUUCCUCAAGCGCUCUGCCACUGAUGCUUCCCUCGAUGGUCAGGCCUGGAACGAGCCUGGCACACAGCUUGACACUGCUCGUUGGUACGCUUCCGUUCAGAUCAUGCCUAACAACCAGAUCUUUGUUGCGUCCGGCUCGCUGAACGGUCUUGACCCUACCAAGCCUGAGAACAACAACCCCACCUACGAGAUUCUCAACGCCGACGGCUCUCCCCAGGGCAAGUCCAUCAACAUGGAGAUCCUGAACAAGAACCAGCCUUACUACAUGUACCCCUUCCUUCACUUGAUGAAGGACGGCAACUUGUUCGUCCAGGUGGCCAAGUCGGCUGAGAUCUUCAACGUCGGCACUGGCAACGUUGUUCGCACGCUUCCCGACAUUCCCGGCACCUACCGCACCUACCCCAACACCGGUGGCUCCGUCAUGAUGCCCCUCUCAAGCGCCAACGACUGGAACCCUGAUGUCAUCAUCUGCGGUGGUGGACCUUACCAGGAUAUCACCGCACCCGGUGACCCAUCUUGCGGUCGCAUGAGGCCCCUUGACGCCAACCCCACCUGGGACAUGGACUCCAUGCCUGAGGGCCGUGGUAUGGUUGAGGGUACUCUUCUUGCUGACGGCACCAUCGCCUGGGUCAACGGUGCCCAGGAGGGUGCUCAAGGCUUCGGCGUUGCCCAGGAUCCUGCCCUUGAGGUUCUUCUUUACGACCCCAACCAGCCCAAGGGCAAGCGCUUCACCACUGGUCCCAAGUCGACCAUUGCUCGUCUCUACCACAGUGUUGCCCUCCUGCUUCUUGACGGUACCCUCCUGAUCUCUGGAUCCAACCCCGUUGAGCAGCCCAUCCUCCAGCCCACCGCUAAGGACCCCUACGUCACCGAGUUCCGCAAUGAGAUCUACACUCCCCCCUACCUCCAGGGCAACCCUACUCGUCCUUCCGCUGUUCAGAUCUCCACAAAGGCCCUCAAGGCUGAUAGCUCCAAGUUCACCAUCAAGUUCAACGCCCCUGCCAACGCCAAGAACGUCAAGGUCAACCUGUACUACGGCGGCUUCGUCACCCACUCUGUCCACAUGGGUCACCGCAUGUUGUUCCUCGACAACACUGGCUUCAAGGCCGGCGCCACCGCGCAGACCAUCACUGUCACCAUGCCUCCCAACAGGGCUAUUGCGCCUGCUGGUCCCUACGUCAUAUACGUCCUUGUUGACGGCGUUCCGGCUAUGGGUCAGUUCGUCAACGUCUCGUAA